GUUUCUAUCUCCAGUAUAUCUGAUCUAUGAAAUGCUUAAAUUAAGGCUUGCAAAAUCUACACAUCAUGAUAAAUCUCGCAGGGUAGCAGAUCUAUUCUGCAGUUUCUUCAUGGUUGUACACGUUACUUGAACUCCACAGAUUAAAAAAAUGGCAACUAUAGGUGUAGGAUGCGGUGACUUUUUAGAGUUUCAGGAUGCGUUAAAAAAGAUGCGGCAACUCGAUGACAAAAUCAUUUAUAUGCUAAAUACUAUACUUCCAACAGAAUCAUUUAAAGGGCAAGCUGACCCUACUGAAAGAUGUAAAGAUUUAUAUGAACAAAUUCAAACAGGCCAUAAAACAAGAGAAUUGGCUAUUACAAGAUGUUUAAAUGCAUCAAGGGAAAAAGUGAAGCAACUAAAACUUGAGAGGGACAAUGGCAAUGAUAAUCCACAACUUCUCAAAGCAUUGAGAAAAGAACAAAAUACUGUGCGAUUAUUGCAAGCUGAGUUAAACGUAGAAGAAGUUGUGAAGGAUCAUACAGUUGAUGUUUACUAUAAAAAAUGCCGUAGCUUUUACAAGCCGCCAAAUAAUAUCGAAAUUUAAUAUUGUUAUUAAUUUUGAAAAUACUUCGAGUACCACCUUUUUGUAUGAUUGUAAAUUUAAUUACAAAUAUAUUGAUAUAUUACAAAUAUAUCUAGUUACUGCAUUUAUGUAGUACAAUUAUAUCUUGUUUA